AAUCCUGCAGAUAAUAAGACACGGACGCGUCGACGUCGCUGACAGCAACUGGAACGACUACGUUGAUUGUUACUUGAGUAUUCCGUACGUAUAUGCUGCAUGUCACUGCGGCCAUAUUGCGGCCCUUUGCCGAAAUUCAAGUGCUGCACUUCAGCCAUGGAAUAGACAUCGCGUGAAACAGCCAAGGGGCAGCGUAGCCCAAGAUGGCUGGUCGUAUAUCGCUCUUUGUUACCCGUCUGGUCCUUACGGCAGUACUACUGACUGCUCUACAAACAUUGGCGCAGAAGACAGCAAGGUCCUUCGUCAUUGACUAUAAAAACAACUGCUUCCGGAAAGACGGCGAGCCGGUACAAGUCGUGGCCGGGUCCAUUCAUUCUUUCCGGAUUCUUCCGGAGCAGUGGGAGGAGAGGCUGGCGACUAUGAGGGCGGCUGGACUUAAUGCCAUACAGACCUACGUCGAGUGGAGCAGUCACGAGCCGGAGGAAGGCAGCUUCGACUUCGAGGGGCAGCAGAAUAUCGUUCGUUUCUUGAAGCUGGCCCAGAAGCAGGACCUGCUCGUUCUCCUAAGGCCAGGUCCUUAUAUCGACGCCGAGAGGGACAUGGGCGGUCUGCCGUACUGGCUGCUGUCAGUGAACGCGUCCAUUGGACUACGUACAAGCGAUGCGCAGUUCAUCGAGUACGUGGACCGAUACUUCUCCACUCUGCUUCCGCUGCUGCGACCUCUUGUGUAUUCGAACGGAGGACCGAUCGUGGCCGUACAGGUGGAGAACGAGUACGGCAGCUACCACGCCUGUGACACCGCGUACAUGGUGCACCUGAGGGACCUGUUGCGGCGCUAUUUGGGCCACGACGUCGUGCUCUACACCGUCGACAAUGCCGUCGAUAAAAUGCUUCAAUGCGGCAAAGUAGACGGCGCUCACGCCACGGUUGAUUUCGGCACAGGUCACGGUGUGGAGGAGUCGUUCGCUGUGCAGCGCCUCCACCAGGAGCGGGGUCCGCUGCUAAACGCGGAGUUCUACACGGGCUGGCUCGACCACUGGGCGCAACCGCACCACGUGAUCAACACGAGCGCCGUGGCGCGUCACUUGGACAAGAUGCUCAGCAUGAACGCUUCAGUCAGCAUGUAUAUGUUUCACGGAGGCACGUCGUUUGGAUUCAAGUCGGGUGCGAACGAAGAUUGUGGCUAUGAGCCGACGCCCACGAGCUAUGACUACGACGCGCCCAUGAAUGAAGCCGGUGACCCAACGGAAAAAUUUGCGGUGAUCCGCGCAGUCAUCUCAAAGCACUUUUCAUUGCCGUCGGUACCUGCGCCCAGACCCAAGGCGAAGAUGGCACUGCCGCCAAUAGAACUAAAGCCCAUGUUCGGCCUCACUGAGCUGCGAGACAUGUACACGCAUCUCACAACCACAUCGGAAAUCCCCCUGUCAUUUGAACGAAUCAGACAAAGCCAAGUCUUAGUACUGUACGACACGAGGAUCUUGUUUCGACCCCGAACGCCUGGCGCACUCAGGGUGCCAGGGCUUCGAGACAGGGGAUACAUCUACGUGGACGACACGUACCAGGGCCUGCUUUCCCGCAUGGACGAAGUGUACGAGACGAUGAUCUCUGUGACCAAAGGCCAGAGGCUGACGGUGCUAGUCGAAAGCCAGGGAAGGAACGCUUUCGGCAAUCUCAACGAUACCAAGGGCAUUACGGCCAACGUUACGCUGUCCGGCGUCGUGCUGACUCACUGGAACAUGACACCGAUCGACGACCGCGAGCACCCCAAAAAGCGGGGGGAAAUUUUCGGAAAGGCCUCUCGGGUGACGGCCAAGGCCAAGCCACGGGCAGUGCCAACGGCGGGCUUCGGAGUCUACAAAGCCGAGUUCCCGGUGUUGUUGCAGUCUCCGCUGGACAGCUUUCUCAGACUGGACAAUUGGAGAAAGGGCAGCGCCUACCUCAACGGUUUCAACCUGGGUCGCUACUGGACUCCUAUGGGCCCGCAGAAGGCCCUCUACGUUCCAUCGGUAUUGUUCAAGCCCAGAAAUGUUCUCAACGUCGUCGAGCUCGAGCAAGCGCCGUGCGGGGGCGAUUCCAAUCAGUGCACCGCCCAAUUCGUUGACACGCCGGAAAUCAACAGCACUGUGCCGAUGCACCUCACUGCUUACAACUGCACCCCAGAAGCAGCUCUCUAGCGAUCGCUAAGGUGGCGCGGUUACUGCACGUACUUAUUACGGGUGCGCCUGCUAUGGCCAGUUCUUUUUUUUACCGCUGCAAUGUAUUUUUCGUUAAGUCCAUUGGCAAAUUUUGUAAUUUAAAGUAGAUCGCCACAAUGCUGUGAAAUUGAGUUCGAGAUUUAGUUACAUUAAAUUGUAUGCGGCAUAGAUAUUUAGCUCAUAGAUAUUGUCCAGACAUAAUGGUCUUGUGCGGCUUCAAAAAAAAUAAAGAAAGAAAAGACAAUAAACAUGCCCCAAAACAACGA